AUGUCGGAUGAUGGCGUUGUAAAGACAUGGCCACGACUGCUACUGCGACUUGAAGGUGCCUGUAUCUUCGGCUCGACAAUUUGGGCAUAUUCGCGACUCGGACAAUCCUGGUGGGCUUUUGCCGGUCUACUACUCGUUCCAGAUCUGGGCAUGGCGGGCUACCUGGCCAACACUACCGCUGGUGCCGCUCUAUACAACACUGUCCACACCGAAACACCUCCGAUAUUGCUGCUUUGCACAGCAUUGGCACGAAACAACAAGGUCCUUACCGGAAUAGCCCUCAGUUGGCUCGCGCAUAUUGGCAUGGAUCGCAUGUUUGGGUUUGGUCUAAAGUAUGGAACCAGUUUUGGUCACACCCAUCUGGGCAGCGCCGAUAUCACAAAGAAGACGGCCACAUCUUAGACAAAUGUUCAGCUUUUUUUUGGAUAUCUUGGAAGAAAUGAUUUCUUGUAUCGCAAUUUGGGUAUCUCCAGGAACAUCAAUACUCCAGGAACAUCAAUUUGGUCGCCCACUAUUAGCAUUAUCGUCAG